AUGGGUUUUGAUCCUACAGCGUUGAAGUUCGUCGAGGCUCUUCGUGUUCUUUACGCUUACAGCGACAAAACGAUAGAGGAAAGAGUCUGUUUCUAUGGAAGGUUAGGCUUAUCUGUGGGAGAUGUAUGGGAAAUGUUCAAGAAGUGUCCUUUCUUUCUGAAUUUCUCGGAGAAGAAGAUAGCUCAGACGUUUGAAACACUGAAGAAGUGUGGACUGCUCGAAGAAGAGAUCCUCUCAGUGUUCAAGACAUCUCCUCGUUGCAUUGGUACUUCAGAGCAAGGGAUAGCCACUUCCGUUGAAACAUUUAUAGGCUUAGGAUUCAGCAGAGACGAGUUUGCUGCGAUGGUCAAGCACUUUCCUUCGUCGCUUAAUUACUCUGCGGAGACUGUGAAGAAGAAGAGUGAGUUUGUGGUGAAUCAGAUGAAGUGGCCACUGAAGGCUGUGGCUUUGUUCCCUCAGGUGCUUGGAUACAGCUUUGAGAAGAGGAUUGUGCCAAGGUGUAACGUAAUCAAAGCUCUCUUGUCCAGAGGAUUGCUCAGAAACAAACUGCCUCCAUUGUCGACAGUGUUGGCGAUUACCGAUCAAGCAUUUUUAAACAAGUAUGUGAAGAAACUUGAUGACGAGGAGCUGGUGAAUGAGCUUAUGGGAUAUCUUCACCAGAGUUCAUGUUUCAAAGAUCAGAAGGGCUUGUGA